AUGCCCAGAUCAAAGCGUGCGAAAGUUGUGCACCUCUCGAAGACAAAGAAGAAAGGAAAGGAGCUCACACUAAGACUUUACGCCUCUAUCCAAGAAAACAUCCCUAAAUACUCGUACAUCUAUGUAUUUCGCGUCAAUAAUAUGCGCAACACCUACUUAAAACAUGUCCGAAAUGAGCUCGCUGACAGCCGCCAACUCACCCUGACUAAACCCUCCUCUCCGCACAGACUCUUCUUCGGCAAAACCAAAGUAAUGGCUAUCGCGCUUGGCCUUAACGAAGGAACCGAGCCUUACCCCAAUACCUCCCUCCUCUCGCCCCACCUCCACGGGAAUGUUGGUCUCCUAUUCUCCCCUCGCCCCGUCCCUGACAUCCUUGCCUAUUUCACGACCUUCCAGCCUUCAGACUACGCGCGCUCUGGAACUGUUGCACCUAGAAGCUUCGUUAUUCCACCUGGCAUGGUCUAUUCCCGAGGAGGAGAGGUGUCGGAGGAGGAAGAUGUCCCAUUAGCGCAUUCAAUUGAGCCGACACUAAGGAAAUUAGGGGUGCCGACGAGAUUGAUCAAAGGGAAGGUGGCACUAGAAAGUGAAUUUGAGGUAUGUAGAGAGGGAGAGGUGCUGGGGAGUGGACAGACAAGUUUGUUAAAGAUUUUUGGGGUUGCGAUGGCGGAGUUUCGAGUGCAGAUUGUGGCCUGCUAUAACAGAGAAAACGAAAGUGUAGAGGCAUUUGCGCGGCAUCCGGAUGAGGAUGCGGAUAUAGAUGAAGAAAUGGAAGACGGGGCGAAUAUAGAGCUAGACGAAUUUGUUGGGUUCGAGGGAUGA